AGAACGUGCGUACUAUGGCAAUCCUAUAGGACAGGAACCAUACACGUUUAUGGGAGACAUUGUUGGAUCACACUGGGUUAGUUCAAAUGUCGAAGGCAAUGAAGACCAACUAGUUGGUGAUCGCCAAAAUCCUAUUCAUGACUUUGACGUGAUUCUGGACCUUUUCUUCUUUGGCGAGACCAUCAUGAUCCAUCGGAUAAAGGACAUCAAGAUGUUGAAUGCCAUUAAGAAUAUAUACUCCAAAUACGAAGAGGGAUUGCCAAUGAUCAGAGUCAUUUGGAAUUCAAGGGCCGCAGGCCUGGUUACAAAGAGGGAGCUUGUUCCAAGUUGCUGGACCGUACCUGAGAUUUGGAAUCAAACUUUGCAGUGUACCUAUAAGAACUGGUUCUAUGAAGCUUGGGGUUUAAAGGAGAGAAAGAAUUAUGUGCUUGCGGAUACUAUAGGGAUUAUUUGA